UUUCAGAGCUGUUCCGUCAUCUUCAAGAAAGUAACUGUGAUGGGAUGUAGAAAUGAUUCAGCAGUAAAAGGUGCUGGAUACCUUUCCAGAAGACUGGCAUCCAAUUCAAGCAUUCACACAGCAGUUGACUACUGUAGCCAAAUUUCUAUGUGUUCUUAUUAAAUAAAAAACACAGAGCCAAAUAUAGGGGUGAAAGCCUUAGAAAUCAGGGAAAUAGUGAUAGCCACCAAUCUUACCUCCCCAGCUUUGCAGCUACCAAAAGUGAGUUACUUCCUGUCUACCCAUGCCUUUAUUGACCUGCUCUUCUGCCCUCUCAUUGGCUUUUAGCCCCCUACCUCACUUCCUUGUCUCUGCCUGUCUGGACAGACCUCCAGGUCUCUAUGGUUGUUACUGGGAUUAAAGGUGUGUGUUAGCAUGCUUGGCUGUUCCCUAGUGUGCCCCUGAACACACGAGACCCUGCCUGCCACAUGAUCAGAUUAAGGGCGUGUACUACCUCUCCCUGACUUCUAUGUUUACUUAAAAAUGGCUGGCCUUUUCCUCCUUGAUCUCCAGGCAUGCUUUAUUUAUUAACAUACAAAUAAAAUAUCACCGUAAUAACAUUCGGUAACUCCAGUUAUCCAGGGAAACAACAGCCUCUUCUGGCCUCUGUCUACAUCAUAGACUCAUGGUGCACAGACCCACCUGUGUAACUGCAUGAUGAAAAUACCAUUCUAUGUGUAAAACCCAGUACUUGUGUAAAAAAACAUCAAUCCUUGCCAAAACUAAAACAAAGGCUUAUCUACUGAAGUCCAUAGUUCUGGGAAUAUCUCUAAAUGUUCAAACCUUUCUCAAAAUAUACUAACAUUUUGGCUUCUGUCCUGCCACUUCUGGCUAACUGUUCUUGUUAACUGAAGUGUGUCAAUCCACUUUUGUGCUUAAAAGCUCACCCUGAGAAAGGCUAGUUGCUGCACUGGAAUCUGGAGCACCCCAGGUACUUGCCAGCGAGCUAAUAAAGACUUUCUAAUGGCUUAAAUCAAUAUUCAAAGAUUAAAGAGGACAGAACUCCCCAGGGAAGGAUGAAUACUAUGAGGUAUUGAGAAACUGAAGCCCUUAGGACCUUCUCAUAGCAUGUCCUUAAGUGGAUCUGGAAGAAUGUUGCCAAGGAGGAUUAUCUGAGGGGGAGGGGCAAGACGACCAAUGAAAGUUGAUGGAGUCAUAUUGGAGACUAUUAGUCUGGAUGGAAUAAAGGCAGGAAAACGACAACUACUUUCAGAGGUUCCUGCCUGGCUCUGCUUCUUGCCCACCAUAUAUGAAUUUUUCCACCCUGACCUCCAUGUUGUGAACGCUGAGAUCUGACAAGGUAAGGAAAACACCUCUUCCUGGAUCAUGUUUAUGGGAGGGAUUAGUGUAAAACCCCGAGAAGAUUAAAUAACAGCUGUGUAGGAAUGGACAACACCCCUUACUUUGUGGAAGAUGAAGCAUAGUAAGCAAAAUACACUUGUCAUGGUUGUUCUUGGUUCCCAACUUAACUAGACAUGGAUUAACUACAGUCUAAAACGGAGGGCACAACUGUGAGACAUGUUUUGCUUAAGUAGGUAGAUUCACUUCAAGUACAGACUUUGGAGGUUAAAAGACACAAACAUUUAACCAGGAUCUCAAGACCUGAGGACACACGCCUUUAAUCCAGAUCUUGAGGCUGGAAGACACACCCUAAAUUGAGCCACGCCUUCUGCUGGAAGCCCUAUAAGAAGACAUGGAAGAAGGAAGCCGUCGCUCUUUGCCUGCUUGCCCUCUCCUUGCCACAAGUCCGUUCCUUCACUGGCAUUAGAGAACACUUCAGAAUUCCAGCAUAUACUGAAGACCAGCCGACUCAUCCAACCUCCUGGAUGAGGUGAAGAGAAAAUAGUCCCUGGUUCUUAAUUUUGGAUCCAGUUUAACCUUCAAACUACCUCCAGAAGAAAUGUCAGGGGAUGGGAUAGCCCAGAGCUGGGGCUACACGCAGAUCAGCGUCCAGAAUUUCUCCUACAAGUGGACCAUCAGCAACUUCAGUUUUAUUCUGGAGGGAAUGCGGGGACACAUUAGAAGCCCAAGUUUCUCACUAGGAGCCAAUGAGAAAUGGUGUUUGAGAAUACACCGGGACGAGAUCAAUGAAGAAAGGACAACCUACCUGUCAGUUUACCUGGUGUUGCUCAGCUGUCCAAAGAAUCACGUUUGGGCAAAGUUCCAGUUCUGGAUCAAAAGCGCCGAAGGAGAGAAAACCCGAACUACGAAGAGCCCAAGAGCCUUUGUGUUUGUGCCACGCUACAGCUGGGGAUUCAAAAAGUUCGUUCGUAGAGAUUUCCUCUUGUCCCAUGCCGACUGGCUUCUCCCAGAUGACAAGUUCACCCUCUACUGCAAGGUGAGCAUGGUCCAGGACUCCUUCAGCAUCUCUGACCAGAACAGGAAGCCAGGGAUCCAGGUUCCCAAGUGCACAUUGGCAGAUGAGCUAGGAGAGCUGUGGAAGAAUUCCCGCUUCACAGACUGCUGCCUGUUGGUAGGUGGCCAGGAAUUCCGGGCUCACAAGGCCAUUUUAGCAGCUCGCUCUCCAGUUUUCAGAACCAUGUUUGAACAUGACAUGGAGGAGAGCAAAAGGAACCGCCUUGAGAUCCAAGACCUGGAGCCACGAGUCUUCAAGGCAAUGAUGGACUUCAUUUACACCGGAACAGCACCAGACCUGGAUAGCCUGGCAGCUGCUGUGCUGGCAGCUGCUGACAGGUAUGGCCUGGAGCAUUUGAAGAUCAUGUGUGAGGAUGCCCUCUGCAGGGACCUCUCUGUGGAGAAUGCUGCCCACACUCUCUUCCUGGCUGACCUCCACAGUGCGGGGCAGCUGAAAACCCAGGCACUGGAUUUCAUUACAGCUCAUGCCUCUGAGGUCUCUGAGACCUCAGGCUGGAAGGCAAUGGUGGGCUCAUAUCCCAACUUAGUGGCUGAAGCAUACCGCUCCCUGGCUUCUGCUAACCGCCCUUUCCUGGAGCCCCCUCUCAAACGCCCGAAGCAAUCCUAGGACCUGGGCAUCUGUGACCUACAUGUGUCUCUCAGAAGCAGCAGCCAGGGUUGUUGCCAAUGACACCUGGGUAAACUAUAUGAAAUGCGUGGAGCAUUUACUGUGAAUGUGGGGAAAGACAGCAUGGUGGCUCGGGCUUUAAUACAGCUGUAAAUGAGUUGAACGGCAGGUCGGGGGAGGAGGAGCGUAGACUCUGGUAUACUCUGCUCUGUUGCUGUCCCGGUUUAAUUUUUGUCCAAUGAACUGGAACCUGGGAUUCAGUGUUGAUGCCGGUCCCAAGCAUAUCCCAACAGGGUUUCUUUGGAGAAACCUGUCUGGAUUGGACUGAGCAGAACACAUAUAUGAUCAAAGGCUCAGCAAAGGAGAAAAUAAACAUGAAUGUUUGCUUACAAGAGACGGGGAAGAGAAAGAAGACAUUUUUUCUACAAACUCCGUUUGUGGGGCCUGGAGAGAUGACUCCGUUGGUGAAAGCAA